UUUAAAAACUGUAUGCAUUAAGUGAAGUGAAAAUACCCUUGGAUUUUUCUGAGACUAACAUAAUAAAGGAUAUAUACUUUGUACCACCACAUGACUGCAGGGAGAGGUCUACUGAUUAUUUGUUAUUUUGAAUAGACUUCGAGUCACAAUUUUCAGGUUAUUUCUGGCGUCAAAUCAUAUCACGAUGCAUGCUCAAACACUUCAGGCGAUUUCCCUUCUAAUCUUAAUAACUUAUGCAGAAUCGGUCAGACGUAGGCCGAUUAGAUUGAGAAAGCUGACCGGAUCUCGGGGUGGUACUGUAUUGAGCAACCAUCCUGAACACGAUAUUUUCAAGAGGUUCUUUUGUAGACACCAAAGAUGUGAAGAAGGAAAAUAUUGCAAUCAAUGGUACAUGUGCUUGCCAGCAAAGUUCGAUGGAGAAUUUUGUAUCGAGAACAAGCAAUGUUUGAGUGGCGUAUGUGUAGAAAACGUUUGCAAAGGAUGUAGAAAUGAUCUUGACUGUCCCAGUAAGGGUACUCGUGAUGAACGUCUUCUAAGCAUCAUAGAAACGUCUAAGGUAUACUGCAGAAACAAUAAUUGCGUAGAAUGUACAAAGGAAGAGCAUUGCAAUUUAGGAAAGGUGUGUACAGGCGAUAAUAAAUGUGAACAUUGUGACACCGCCGAAGGCUGUGAAGAUACAAAUGAAGUGGAGUCUAAAUAAAAAAUAUCUCAAGAGUGAUUUGUGCUGUUAUUUUCUCGUGUAAAUGGUUAGCCUAUCAUUUGCCUUAUGAAACUGUAUUGAUUUGUUUCCAAUGCUUACAACCGUUCCAAAUGACUUGUCAGUCC